GCCACGCUUUAAAGAGCGGGGAAGCCCCGCACCGGAGGAAUGCAGCAUCCCCUCCCGCCGGCUUCCCCCGCACCCGGACCCCCGGCGCUGCCCCCGGGCCCGGGGAUUGGCCCGGAGCGGCGGGAGGGGGGGGAGCUGCUCCCACCCUCUCUCCUCCCUCCGCCGCCCCCUCGCCCCGGUGCGGCAGGGACGACCGGGAGACCAGGGCGCAGGCAGCGCCCGAGCCGCCCCGCAGCAUCCCGCAGCAUCCCCCCCGAUGGCCGGCCGCCUGACCUGCUGCCUGCUGCUGUGGGCCCUGGGCUGGCCCGCGGGGGAGGCCGCCGGCAGCCGCCCCGUCCAGCCGCCCGUCGACCCCGACCCGUCCCCCCCCGGCCGCCACCCCCGCGGCGUCGCUCGGGACGCGGUAGCUGUCCACAUGCUUAGGCUCUACGAGAAGUACAACCGCGAGGGGAGCCGGCCCGACGACGGCAACACCGUCCGCAGCUUCAAAGCCAGGCCAGAAUUCUUGGCCCAGAAGCCCUUGUACUGCUUCAAUCUGACAUCCAUGCAAGAUUCAGAGAUGAUCCUUGCUGCCACUUUCCACUUCUAUGCUGACAAACGCCCUCAGCACCGGGAAGUGUUUUGUAAGCGGUCCAAGAACUCAUCCUGCCGCCUCCUUCACCUGCCUCCGAUCGUGCAGCUCAACCUCAUUUUCCAAAGCAUUCACCAGAAUUCUGUCUAUGGACUAGUGAAAGGGAACAUCACUGUGUUUCUUCAAAGGCGAGGGACUUGGCAUGCAAAGGACAUUUCACACAUCAUAAAAGAAUCAAAACGGUCUGGAGAGCUCAUUCUCUGUGCUGAGCUUGAUUCUGGGGAGAAACACCAGGGAUUCCCUGAAGAGGUCGCCAGUCAUUUACCUUAUAUACUAGUUUAUGCUAAUGAUCUUGCAAUCUCUGAACCUAACAGUGUGGCAGUCACCCUACAGCGUUAUGACCCAUUCCCUUCUAAUGAUGAGGACCCAAAUCUAUCCCCUAAUGCUUCUGCUGAUACCCGAGUGAGGAGGGAUACAUACCUUUCCAGCUCUAUUCAGAACAAUGAGUUGCCAGAAGUAGAUUAUAACAACAAUAAAUACAACAAACAUGACAUAUGGGAGAAUGCCUACAAGUCCUUGAAACCAAAAGCCUCACGCAAAGACCGAAGGAGAAAAGGUCAAGAAAAUACAGAAACACUUAUAAAGUCUCAGGUGCUAAAUUUUGAUGAGAAAACAAUGAAGAAAGCAAGGCGAAAACAAUGGAAUGAGCCAAGGUUUUGUUCAAGAAGAUACAUGAAAGUUGACUUUGCUGAUAUUGGCUGGAAUGAAUGGAUCAUAUCUCCCAAAUCAUUUGAUGCCUACUACUGUGCAGGGGCAUGUGAAUUUCCAAUGCCCAAGAUUGUCCGGCCAUCAAAUCAUGCUACAAUCCAGAGCAUCGUAAAAGCAGUAGGAAUCAUUCCUGGCAUCCCAGAACCCUGCUGUGUUCCUGACAAAAUGAGCUCACUCAGUGUCCUCUUCUUAGAUGAGAACAAAAACGUUGUAUUAAAGGUAUAUCCCAAUAUGUCAGUUGAAACCUGUGCCUGCCGAUAAGUUCAUACAAAUACACCUUUAACAAGACCUACACAUCCUGCCUGACUACACUGGGAAAGUUGUAAAUGGGAGAUGAAUUCACUUGUGUUGAUGAAUGAAUGCGAGCCUACGGUUCCUCUACAGAAAACGUGCAGAGAGAUUAAAACAAUGCACAUGCUUCACCUGGAAGGAUACGUGUUACUGUCAUCAUUUGUCUUUCAUAUUCACCUUCCAGGAAUUCAGUACUUCUUCAAAUAUCUUCCUAACCCACCUAGCCAAGAUGCCUGGUGUUUGGUAGGAAAUUUAAGGGUAAAGUUUACCAUAAUCAAAGGACUAAAAUAUGUUUUUACAUGCUAUUUUUCUGAUUAUUUUAUCUCUUCGGUUAACCAAGAAGAUGGGAAGUGAGCUUGGAAAGGCAGGCUUAUUUUAGAAUAUCACUUUUGUACACAAAUCAAAAGUUUUUGCCUAAAACACUCAUACUUUUAAUCUGCAUAUUUAUACUGAAAAAUGCUGUAAUAAAGGGCUUAAAUGUAUAUUUUCUUCAGGAUGCAAGUAUAGUGUUCUGUAAGCUUUCAUAUAAACAGUACGUUAAUAUAGAAGUUUUUGGUUACCCUUCCCUAAUAUAUAAUUUGUUCGAUAACAGACGUAUGUAAUAUUCCACACCUUUGGCUUCCUGAAUAAUUACAGGUUGCUAAACAUAUUCUCUGAGUAACACAUACUAUAUAGUAAUAUGUUGAAAUACUAAAAAUAAAAUAACCAAGAUUUAUAUUUUUGUAAAUUAUACCUUAUAUCCUCUAGAUUGUUACAUGCUUUUAACAAAAGCUAAUAAAUUAAAGGUACAGUAGUAUCUAAAAAUAGUUGAAUUUUCUUUCUAUAAGUGCACUCUGUUACAUUGUGUUAAUUAGAUGGAAAAAUGUAAAUACAUGUUAAGCUUUUCAUAAUGCACCUCAAUAGAUUAAAGACAGAAGGGAAUAUUAUGACCAUCUAGACCAACCUCCUGCAUAGCACAAAUCAAAGAACCGUGCCCAGUAGUUUUUGCACUAUGCGUUAUGAAACUUCUGUUUUGAGCUUGGGGAUGUCUUUGAAAAUCAUGCAUAAAUUUGGCUUUAGAGACUUCAUGUAACAGAAUAUCUCGACUGGAGGACAAGUAGUUGUUCCAAAUGUUAGUGCAUGUUGUUCAAAUGCAGUGGCUUAAUCCUAGUCUGAAUUUGUUGAGCUUUAGCUUCAAUUCACUGGAUUUUACUGUAGCCUAUUUUAUUAGGCCUCUUUUAUCUAUUAUCCAAAAUACUUCCACUGUGUAUUUUUAGUACAUAGAGCAGGGUCAAAUUACAUUUUGGCUAAGAUUUCAAUAGGUACUUUGAUUUCUUAUUCUAAGCCUCGAAACAAUUUCUCACAGCACUUUUCUGAACACUUUCCAGAACUUUACUUAACUUUCUUUUCUAACAAUGAACGUGAAAAUGGGACACAAUAUUUGGCAGUGGUUCCAUUAGGAGGCUUUAUAGAAAUAAUGUCUCUGUGUCCCUCUAACUCCUGUACAAUCCUGUCUUGAUACAAUCAUGGUAGCAGGUAACUGCAGCACUCUUUUCAGAGCUGAUGUUCCAUCACUGUGGCUGUCAGUCCUCUUUCUCAGUGCCCAUGUGUGCCAGGACAGAAUUGCCACCUAUUCCGUUUUCACACACCUGAAUAGCACAUGCAAACCAGGAGCAGAACAAACUCCUGUAGUCUGUGAGGCAGCACAGAGUGCAAAAUAUGGACUGUUUCCUCCUCAAGAGAGAGUCUAACCUUCUGUAUUAUAAGAAUUGUACUGUUUAGGGGAAGGAUACGAUGCACACUACCUUCUGAUGAAUGACUAACUGGAAAGCUUCUAUCCUAAGAUGCUAGGUAACUUCUGCCACAAAUAUUCGGUAUUCAUAUGGUGAUGACUCCCAGACAACAGAGGUGUGUAAAUGUCGUACCUCCUGCUAACCUGCAUAAAAGUAAGAUUCAGUAUGUAUAGGAGUGUCUGCGAGGUUGCUCUCAUAGCAGUUCACGCUAGGUCCUCCUAAACAGUUCUUAGUAAGAAAUACAUAGGAUUAAGGCACCUUGUAGUGACCACGAGUUAUAACUGCCAGAAGAUCAUGGAUCCAACUAGGCAUUUCCUCUUCUCCCAAAGUACUACAGGGAUUUAUACCAGAACUACAGGGACAAACCUUUGUAUGCUGUUGCUGUUUAAGAUCAUCCUUAAAAACAUAGGGACUUGUGAUUUUAUAAAUCAUGAAAAACUCAACUACAGGGUACAAAGUGAUGCUAAUGCAUAAACAAAACAUUAAAAGUUCUCAGAAAUUCAUCAUUUAUUCCUACAGAACAGCCAAAAGCGUGAUUUUUUUUUUGAAGUAUCAUAAGUGAUUGCUGUUGCUGUUCUCUGUGAAAAUCUAUCCAGUCCUGUAGGUCUAGUCUUGCUCCCAUUUAGCACCAGCUCUGAAUACAAUGACGUAUUAGUCUAGUGUGCUUAUAUUAUGAAGUAUCACAUUUUGUUUUCCUUAAGGAAUCUUUUCUGUAUCUUGAAUUAGUCUCUCAGUACAAACUUUCUUUCCAAGAUGUGCUGAUGAAAGCAAUUAGAAAAGAGAUACCAUCCUAUGAUCUGUUAUAAGGUGCAUAGGACACAAGGGAAAAUGCUAAUCCUAUACUCAUUAGGAAACCUAUAAAAGCCUGAAAGGUUUGGUGUGCAUUUAAAGGUUUGUUGGCAUAUCUACAUUAUUUUUCAUGGGCAAAACAAAAUUAUAACUCUAAGUGGCACAGUUCUUCAAGCACACCCUUACUACACAAGCAAUACAAUUCUCUUAUUAAUAAAGUUUAUUUCAUUUGGAGUUUAGCUGCACGAGUCAGUUCUCUGAUGUGGACAAGAUCUUAAACCACUGUUUGUUUAGAGUGGCUACUACUGUCUGGGUCUUUGGUACCUGGAUGUCUAAUCUUCCUCUAGAAAAGGAAACUUUACAUUUAAAACGGUGCAAAUGCAGUUAGAUGCUGUUGGAAGACAUAGAUGCCCUUAAUUUCUUGUUUACAAUAGAUCUUUUGAUUUCUAUGAACAUGCUAUAAACCAUUCCACUCAAUUUUUAAGUUUCUAGAGAAAGUUACUAUUGAUAAAGGCUUAAAUAGCAGGUUACGAUAAUUCCACUAACUAAUCCUAGAAGAAUUCAGUAUAUAUUAGUAUGGGAUGAUUAAAGACAGAACAGGAAAACAGCUGAUACUAGCCAGCAAAGCAUUAAGGACACAAUUUCAUUCUUUAAGCCACAGUCCAAUUGCCAGAGGUAACUGCAACAGCUAGAAUGUACAUAAGUUUCUGUGGAGUAUUCAAUUCACUGCAUAAUAAUAAAGGAAGCCACUGGAAAAUAUUAAUAUACUUGUGUAUCACACAAAUUAACAAUGGUCUCACUGCCAAACCUAAGGAGCAGUUUUCAAAAGAAAUUGCCACUGACUGAAACUGUUCAUUGUAAAGUUUCUGCAAAGCUGACACUUGGCCUGACACUCUUUGACAUCUUUAUAUAUGAACUGUAAGUCUGUAUAUAACAACCUCCACAGCAUUUGAGGAAGUCAGUGUUUAGAAGAGAGGUAUUUAUGUAGAUCACUUGAUCUAGCUGCACUUAAUGUAAUCAAAAUUCAUUUUAAGGUAGACAGAUAGAGAAUUUAGGACCUAUGUGCAAGGAUUGGAGGCUACUCCAACUGAUUAAAAGACCACACCUUUGAAAGGCACAACUUUUAAAACAAUUUUGCUGGAUAUCAUGGAUUUAUGGCACAGUAUGAGCAUCCAGGGUGAUGCUGCGUAAAGACACCUAAUGAAAGCUUUGAAAAAAUACACAUCAGAGCAGCGAACCGCAUAAGGAAAGGAGAUUUUAUCAGAAAGCAAACUGAGAAAUAACUCGAUUACACUGUCCAAGUACUCCAGCAGUGAGAAAAUGCCAGGGCUAUGGGGCUCCUUAAGCCAGUCUAAAAGUUACAAGAAUUCCUGUCUAGAAGUUGACACCAGGCACAAUGAAAUAAUACAAGAAGCGCCAUGGUUUUUUAAGUGUAAAUGACAAUCUUUUAGAGUAAAUGCUACAAAAACUUAAGAAAUCUUUGGUCCUUUGACAUAUUCAGAUAACUUCUGGAAACACUUAAAAAAGUAACAUUUUAGCCAAACACAAGUAAUUUGGUCUUGCAUGCAGGUAGGAAAGACAAAGGCCUUGAGCAAAACAGAACAGCUUUGCUACACAGGAGACCAGGAUCAAUGCAAAACAAUCCUUUUUGACUCUACACCAUAAGAAUUUAAGUAACCAGAACCUUGGAUCCAAGUUGUCACUUGAACAGACACAAAUGUGAGUAUUUGUGAAUACUGUGCAUGCACUGCGAGAAAACUGGAAAAUGGCCAGAAGGACAAAAUCUUGUCCACAUCUUUGCAAUGAAACUUUUUUUUAUGUAAAAGCUCAUAACACUAUUCAGACUUUAUGGCACUUGUACAGUAUGGAUUGAGUUGCACUUAGAAGAAAUGAUAUGUUAAUAGUACAGAUAAAACACCUAUGUAUCAAUAAAUUCAAUGCUAAUGUGUU